UUGGCGGGAUAAAAUCAUUAACAAAUCAGGACAAAAAAUUGCAACCUGAUUGUCGUUUGUUUAUAAUUCAUGAUAAAUUUUGCAACUAAUUAUUUAACAACAAAUAAAUUUACCCUGACAUUGUUUAAUUUCUAACAAAAUAAAUAAUGAAUAAACAAAAAUUAAAAGUAUCCCAUGAGGUUUUAGAUAAAAAAAAUGAUACUGAAAAAUUUGGAAAACGUGAACGAGAAAAUGAUUUUAAUGAAAGUUAUGAAAUACCAGAUGACAUAAUAUUUAAUGAUUCAGAUUUUGAAGAAGAUAUGGUUUUAAAAAAAAAACCAAAAUUAACAGUUGUGGCAAAUAAAAUUGACAAUACUAUGUCAUCAUUAACGAAAACAACGUCACCAAAGGAACCAAAAAAAUUAACAAAUUCAUGUGAAUACAUUGAUCAAAAUGACAGUGUUCUUAUUGCUGGUUUAUUAUCAUCAUUUUCUGACUCUGAUUCAGACAGUGCAACAUCAUCAAAUAUUCCAAAAAAAACAAUUUCAAAAAUAAGCACAAAAACAAUUGAUUCUGGAAUAAUAACAAAUGAAUUUGACACAAUAAAUGAUGAUGAUGAUUUAAUAUUUGAUUUUGAUGACUUGGAAGAUGAAAAAAAAUAUAAUCUUAAUUUAGAAAACUUGAUACGUGUUAAAGUAUUAAAAAUUGAAGAAAAAAGAUCAGAAACAAUAUUAACUGUUGAAGAUAAAAUAACAAAAUCAUCAGCAACUGUAAUAUGUUCUGGUGCAUGGUACAGAUUAAAAACAUCAAUAAAUGAAUAUGUUACAAUAAAAGCUAAAAGAAAAAUUAAUUCAACUGAUUGGAUAAUUGAUAAUGAUUAUGGUAUUUGUAUAACACAACCAGAUAUACUUGUUAAUGGUACAACUGUUGUUAAUUCAUUAUUUUGUCCAAGAGAAGGUGUAUUAUCAUCAAAAUUUGGUGAUUAUAAUGCAUUACCAAAUUUAGAAGUGAGUAUGACACCAUUAACACUUGGUUCAUUAAUUCAUAAAUUAUUACAAACAGCAUUAGUUCAAAAAAUAUUUGAAGUAAGUGAUUUAAAUAAAUUAUUUGAUGAUAUAUUAAAAGAACCAUCAACAAUAAUAAUGCUUUAUGCAUCAAAUUUAACACAUGCAAAAAUUAAAUCACUAGCAAAUGAAUAUAUUUUGAUGACACAUAAAUUUAUGUAUCGUUAUGUAAAAGGAAAAAAUCUUGAUGAUAAAAAAGAUGAUAAUUUUAAUGGUAAAAUAAUUGAUGUUAAAGAUAUUGAAGAAAGUGUUUAUUUACCAUUGCUAGGAGUAAAAGGUAAAAUUGAUGCAACUGUUGAAGUUAAAUUACAUAAUAAUUAUAAAAAAAUAAUGCCAUUAGAAAUAAAAACAGGUAAAACAACAUUUUAUCAAUCACACAAAGGACAGUUAUAUCUUUAUUGUUUAAUGCUUAAUAUAUUAGGUACAAAAGUUGAUGGUGGUUUGUUGCUUUAUAUCAAAGAUAAUAUAAUGAAAGAAUUUAAAUCAACUAAAAAAGAUGAAAAAGAGCUAUUGCUAUCUAGAAACACAAUGGCAUAUUAUUUAUCAACAAUACCUGAUAAUUUAAAUGACAAUGAUAAUGAUAAAUUAAAAUCAAUGAAGUUACCAAAUCCAAUUUAUCAUGAAAAACGUUGUAGUAAUUGUGCAUAUAAUACUGUUUGUACAGCAUUUGCUGAUAGAGAUGAUGAUUUAUAUUUAUCUGAACAUCAUCCAAUUGCAAAGCUAAAAAAUGUAUUAUUACAACAUUUAACUGAUGAUCAUAUUAAUUAUGUUAUUAAAUGGAUAUCAUUGAUAGAAAUUGAAGAAGCACAUAAUCGUAAUAUUGAAUUGUCACGUUGUAUAUGGAACACCACACCAAUAUCACGUGAAAAAAAAGGUCUUUGUAUAAGUAAUUUAAAAGUAAUUAAUAUUGAAAAAUAUCAUGGUAGAAUGAUACAUCAUUUUGUACGUUCAUAUGAAUCACUUGAACCAAAUCAUUCAACCUUUCCAAUUGAUAAUUUUUCUAAUGUAUUUAAUGAAGAUGAUUAUGUUUCAAUAAGUACAAAUACUAGAUUACAUUUAACAUCUGGAAAAAUAAUAUUUAUCAAUAAUAAUGAAAUGAAAAUUAGUCUUGAUAAAGACCUUACAAAAUGGAAUUCAUCAAGUGUAUUUCAUAUUGAUUUAUAUCCAUAUAUCAAUAGAAAUAGUAGAACAGUUGGUACAAUUGCAACAUUAUUAACUGACAAUGAUAUUACAAAUAAAUUAAGAAAUAUUAUUAUUGAUAAAUUACCAGCAACAUUUAAUACAAAUUUAACAAAUGUAUAUUACAGUAAUGAAGCUAAAGCAAUACGUUCAAAUUUAAAUCAAGUACAAGAUGAUGCAUUAAAAACACUAUUAAAAGCUGAUGAUUAUUUAUUAAUAAAAGGAAUGCCUGGAACUGGUAAAACACAUUUAAUUAUUGCAAUUAUUGAGAUGUUAAUGUUAAUGGGAAAAACAGUACUUGUUACAGCUUAUACACAUUCUGCUGUUAAUAAUAUACUGUUAAAGUUGUUAGAUAAAAAAAUUGAUUUUCUAAGAAUUGGUGCAUCAUCAAGAAUACAUCCAUUGAUGAUUGAUCAUAGUGAUGAUACGUUAAUUAAAAGUUGUGAUAGUCCUGAGAUGUUAGAUGCUAAAAUAAAUAAAGCUAAAAUUAUUGGUAUAACAUGUUUAACAGCUGGUCAUGCAUUAUUAACAAAAAAAGUAUUUGAUUAUUGUAUUAUUGAUGAAUGUAGUCAAGCAUUACAGCCAGUUUUAUUAAAACCAUUAUUUAAUGCAAUGAAAUUUGUACUAAUUGGAGAUCCUGAACAACUGUCACCAAUUGUUUUAAGUCCAUUAGCCAGAAAAUGUGGAAUGAGAGAAGAUAUUUUUAGUCGUCUUGAUACUCCAAAUAAUACAAAAAUCCUAAGUCUUCAAUAUCGUAUGAAUUAUCCAAUAAUGACACUUGCUAAUGAAUUGACAUAUGAUGGAAAACUUUGUGCUGGUAAUGAGACAGUAUCAAAUGCAACUUAUAAUUUGACUGAUAAAAGUAUUAUAAAUAAAUCUGAAAAAUGGCUACGGUUAACAUUAUCAAAUGAAUUAAAUGAAUCAGUUAUUAUGCUAAAUACUGGACCAACUCAUCUAGCUGCUAUGAAUAAAUUAUUAAAUAAAAAUGAUGAUAAUGUAAUAAUAAAUAAUGAUGAUGAUGAUGAUAAUGAUAGUGAUCAUUUUGGUUGUUCAAAUAUUUGUGAAGCAUCAAUUGUUAAAAAAUUAGUUGAUACUUUGAUUUUAUCAGGUGUUAAAAUUGAUGACAUUGGAAUAAUAUCACCAUAUCGUGCACAAACAUGUCUAUUAAAACAAACAAUUAAAUAUGAUGUUGAAAUUAAUACAGUUGAUCAGUAUCAAGGAAGAGAUAAAUCUAUUAUAAUAUUUACAUUUGGUAAAAGUGUUACAACAUAUUCAAAUAAAAUGCCAACAAGUAUUUAUGAAGUUCUUGAAGAUCAUAAACGUAUUAAUGUUGCAUUAACACGUGCAAAACAUAAAUUAAUUGUCAUUGCUGAUAUAUUGUCAAUUGAAAGAUUUACACCAGCUAAAAAAAUGAUUGAUUAUCUUGAUAAAAAUAAUAAAAUUAUGCAUUUAAAAAAUGAAACUGAUGAAUUUUCAUGGACCAAUGUCAUGGCUGAUAUUGAAGAUUUAAAAAAAUAA